GCAGUAAAACGUGUCAGUACCUGUUGGCCACAAGUACACAUCUAGUAACUCAGUUAGCCAUGACGAUGCCUGUUCAUGCUACUCACACCAUCACAUCAGUUUGUAAUUUCAAAACUGCCAAAGCUUUUGCGUUCUUCAUCAUGCUGUUUUUUUCUAUAUAUCAUGGCUCUCUGAUGUUCAAUAGACCAGGUGGGUACCACAUUUACCCCCUAUCAAGACUUCCCAUUCAAAGGUGGGAAUCUCUGUAAAUCCCUAUUGAGUGAUGGAAGCGCGGGUCCUGGUGGUGAAUGGCGUCCAUACGGCUGCAUGACCCAUAUUUACAAUGAAGAGUAAUUUCCUGUUGUUAAACAGCUCUUCUCCGACACAUCUAGAGACAGCAACGUUUGCAUGGAACAAUUGGCUACCUGGGGAGAUCAUGCGCGUGUAUAUUUUAUGGGCGAUUCUCGAUUGUUCAACUUAUUCAGUGCUUUCGCACACCAUCUGGAUACCAAGAAGGCGCUCAAAGCAAAACAGCUGAACAACCGAACAGGCCUUUCAACUCACGUGAAAAGUACGAACUACGAACUGUGUUUUCUCCAUUAUGACGAAAUGACCGCCGACGUUUUGCAUAUCCUGGACGCUUGGAAAGCGAUACAUGAUGGGUCUUCCAUCAAACAUUUAAAUCUGCGUCAGUUAUUGCCUCCUCGCUGUCUGAACCAGCCGCCAACUCAUUUGGUACUCUCGUUCGGCUCGCAAACUAUAAUGCGUGUUAACAACUCCGAGGUUGGCCUCUUGGACUACAACGAAAAGCUGGAAUCUUCGGCCACGUCGCUCUCAUCUCUGUCUUUUGUGCGCACGGUAUGGAUGCUUCAAGACCCUGUUGCUGAAGGACUGCUGAAAGAAGAACAUGCUGCGAUAACGAAUAAGGAAUUGGAUGCUUACAAUAACAUAGCAGAGAAGGUCAUGCAACGCCUUCCUGAGGUAGAGAUUUGGCGAUCGAAUCGUUUGAUUGCUCAACGAAUGGGGUUUCCGGCAGUGAAUUGGCAUUGUCCUAGUUCCAAACUAGGCGUUGUGGAACGUGCAAUUCCAAACAGAACAUCAGCUGUAGAACCUUGGGAGCCGCCUGUGUUAUGCACGGAACCUCCUCCUCUUUCCGACGGAUUCCACGUAUCGGCUGAAGCGAUGUUCCAUAACGUACAAGUAUUACUCAACUUGUACUGCAACAACCAGAUGAAGUUCGAAGAUGGUACGUGCUGCAGGUCGGCGGAACCCAUUACCCCUGUCCAGCAACGCUGCUUCAUUUUCAUCGGACUAUGCAUCAUCGCUUCGAUACUCUGUUUCAUCUACGACAACUUCAUUCGGUCGCGAAUAUCUCGAUGCCGCUGGCUAUCAAUCAUCUGGUUGCGUUUGUCAUGUUGUUUGGGUGUCCGAUCAACUCUGGUGGAAAACGCCACGUAUCCCCAAAAACUCGGCUCGCGGAAGUUGGAAGCAAGCACAACUUUUCAAGAGUUCUAUGAACUUGUCACUACUCUGUCACAAUUCGGGCUGAUACUCGUCUAUUUCUUUAUCUGUGAUAGAACUGUUCUCUUCAUGAAAACGAACAAGGGCUUCACAACGAUGAGCUUUCUUCUCCCGAUGACCUACCUAUUCGUACUCGGAUUGUUCUUCAGUGGUCCAACGAAAGAAACGAGACUCAAUCAUGUUGAUAUCACUCGGGAAUGGAAAGGUUGGAUGCAACUGUACCUCUUGGUGUACCAUUUCACCGGCUCCUAUCGCGUGUUGCCCCUGAAAUUGUUCACUCGGUUCUUUACGUCAGCGUACCUCUUCCUAUCCGGAUUCGGCCACUUCUACUGUUUAUGGCACCGUCCGCUGCCAGGAUCACUGAUAUGGGAGGUCCUGCGGUUACGCUUCUCACUGCAAGGACUUUACUUCACCGCUCAGGCAUGGUGGGAUGUGUUACGUCGCUACGUAGACGUUGUGUUUCGCUUAAAUUUUCUUGUUCUGGGUCUGUGCCUGGUCAUGAACAGGGACUAUAUGUUCUAUCAUUUUAUGCCUCUGGUCACGUUCUGGUUCACCGUCACAAUGUUUGUCAUGCUCAUCAAUCCGCGCGUAUCAGCAUCCGAUGCACGGAACCCAUCUUCGUUCAGCUCAGUUCGCGAUGCAUCUUCUCUACUCCCGUUGGACUCACUGGAUUCGAUUCCGUCCGAGGUAAAGUCACCGGUCGGGAUGAAUGUCGUCUCACCUUACGUGUGUGACUGUGAUUUCGAUUCCAAAUCUUCCCCUACAUCGCCCUUUCUAAGCGAAUGUCGCCACACCAGAAAAUUCGGCUUUGCCGUUGCCGAGUUACCUAAACACCUUCGCGCAUCGCAGUCGUCUUCCAGUAUAGACGGCCGGAGCCACCAAAAGGCGUUAUCUAUGGGAACAGGAUUCGACUUGCGCCAAUGGUUGGCUAUGACGCAGCCGGCGCCUCGAACCGAGCCACGUACGAAAAAGAAAAGCAAGGUCAUGACGAACUCUGGACCGCCUUGGACGGAAGACUUGAUUCGGCGCGUAUGGACCACGACAACCGCCGCCUCAAACGUAUUGCCUACAGUUCCAACGCGCCGUACAUUUCCUGAAUCGAUUCUCUCUAUGAAACGCUAUUGCUGUUGUUUUCAUGUGCGGCUUGCCGACCUGCUCAUUUUGUUCAAAAUCGUCCUACUGAUUAUUGGCAUCGAGCUGCUUUAUCGAUCACCAUCUUUCUUUCAUUUCGUCUUUUUCUCGGGAGUCCAAAGGUUCCUCUUCCAAUCGACUACGGUAUCCCGAAGCUCUUUCGAUAAACCAACUAGCAGUACAGAGUUACGUGAUGCAUGGUUUUACCGUUGGUCUAUCGACCGUUAUUCGGUUGUUUACGGUAUUCUGUUCGCCCUAGCCUGCGAGUGGGCAAGGCGCGCCAAAUGUUUGAAUGACUUGAAAUCGGGCGAUCUGGGUCUUCCUGCUCCGCCGGCGGAGUUCGCCACACCGUUACUACAGACAGGCGCAAUUGCUGCGCAUAAAUCCACGUCAGACAGGUGUGGAGAAACUUUCAACCGUUUUACUUUUGAUCAUCUAAACUUGGAGACCUCCCAGUUUGUGGAAUCGUCUUUGGCGAACAAGCCCAGUAUUCCACCUGCCUCAAACAACGGUUCGGUAGUGAAUUCCAGCACUUCAACUAGACUUGAUCCUUCAUCUGGUCGUCUGAGCUUCUACACAUCACCUCAAUAUUCCAUUUCAACGUUUCAAACCAUGGGAUCAGGUUUUGGAUUUCUGUCAAAGAUCACAUGUCGCCGCUUCACUGCAGUCUUUCUGACGGUCCUCGGAGCCAUCGGGAUCGGGGUUUACAUACUGAUUUCGUUUCAAUGCAAAGACCAUGGCUUUUGUACUGAAGUCCAUACAUUCCUGUGUCUUCUUCCGAUUAUCUCGUACAUUUUGUUGAGAAAUUGCCUGGGCCUGCUUCGUCGCAGCCACAGUACUCUGUUUGCAUGGUUUGGUGACAUCUCGUUGGAGCUUUACGUGGCUCAGCAUCAUAUCUGGUUGUCAGCCGACGCAAAUGGUAUACUUGUUUUGCUACCCGGUUACCCUUUGUUCAACCUUGCACUCACUUCGUUCGUCUUCGUGUGCGUGUGUUGUGAAUUGCGCAACAUCACAGCGCGACUCAGACGCCUUCUCAUACCAAACAGUGCACUCUUAUUGCUUCGAAAUCUCAUUCUGUUCUGUAUAACCCUUCAUCUUAUUACCAGAUCACCAGGGUUGGAUUUCACACUUCGGUAACACCCUAUGCAGCCACUCCUUUUUGUGCACAUGUGAUAUCGUUUGUUGGAUUCCUUUCUUAGUUUUGUUGUUUGGAGCGGUUCUAACUUCGUUAUUCCAUUUUUCAAGUAUCAAUGUGUAUUUGGUCAGUUUGGACGUUACAUAUCAACCUUUAGCAAUAGUUCCGCU